AUGACAAAUCCCACAGAUGAUCCAUUCACAAUGGAUGAAGAUUUGUCAGAACUACCGAACAACCAAGAGUCGUUAACGACAACCACAACUAACACAUCAGAAAUAAACAAUGGUUUUAAAGAACCAAACUAUUUAAUACAUCAAUCACCAAAUUCGAUAUAUAAUGAUACAAAAUUAAUACGAUCCAAAUUGGAUCAAAUUAAAUUAGAAGAAAAAGAGACCAAUGCAACAACUACCGAAGAAGAUGAUGAAAAGACUUAUGAUGAAGAUGUGGAUGAUAAAUUAGACUUAAACUUACAGAAGCAAUUGCAAAAAAAUUACAAAGAACAAUAUAAGAAAAAAACCAGCGAAACAAAUAAUAAUGAAACAUUUGAGUUCAAUUAUGAUGAUGAAAAACCGCUAUCACCGCCUGAAAAUUUUGCCUUGGUGAUUGGAUCAAUAUAUAGAAGUUCAUUCCCACAACCAAAUAAUUUUUCAUUCCUUAAAAAACUAGGUUUAAAAUCAAUACUAUGUUUAAUACCCGAAGAUUAUCCCGAACUACAACAACAAUGGUUAGAGAAUGAAAACAUCAAACUAUUUCAAUUAGGUAUGUCAGGAAACAAAGAACCAUUUGUCAAAAUAUCAUCGGAUUUAAUAACUCAAGCUAUAAAGAUAGUACUAAACCCUGAGAAUCAACCAAUUUUAAUUCAUUGUAAUAGAGGUAAACAUAGAACAGGAUGUUUAGUUGGUGUACUACGAAGGUUACAAAACUGGUCUAAAACAAUAAUAUUUGAUGAAUAUAGAAAAUUUGCAGCACCAAAAGAAAGACCAAUGGAUCAACAAUUUAUUGAGUUAUAUGAUGAUACAGAAAUUAAACAAUUUUGUAAUGAAAGAGAUUUAUUACCAUUAAAAUGGGAUUGA